CAGAGUCAAGCUUUCUGGAAAAAGAAUUUUAGAAGACUACAUGAUCAAAAUAAGUACAACUCUAUUCGUGAUGUGGGUAUCUUACUUCAUGAUGCAAUUCAAGAGAACUCUGUGGAAAAGGUUCAGGAAGAUAACGGAAGAAGAAAGUUAGAAGAUAGCAGCAAAGAUUUCAAAACCAACCUCAG